AGCAUGGAGUAAGCGCGCGCAUCCUCAGCAUACUUGUUCCCCUUCCCUCAGACCCAGCUCGAGGAACGUCGGAAUGCUCACAGUCACCUUUGUUAGGCAUGGAGAGUCCACGGAUAACUUGAAAGGUAUCUGGGCAGGAUGGAAGGAUGCGCCCUUGUGUAACCAUGGCAUGAACCAAGCCCACGCCCUUGGAGAGUCAUUUGCAGACACUCGACUUACCGCGAUCUUUGCCUCACCACUGAAGCGUGCAUUCACGACUGCGCAGGCUCUACACGAUGCUCAGCCGGAGCCCCAACCACCUCUGAAAACCUCACUCAAUCUACGCGAACAGCAUUUUGGCGUGGCAGAGGGCAAGCCAUGGACCUUUCACAGGGAGAAGGGCAAGACUGUGGAGGAGAUGUACGCCGAAGAUAUCUGGCCCGUUGCAGUCACCCAAACAGAGAAGUUCCCCGAGGGUGAGAGCCAGAACGAUCUCGCCGCGCGCGCAGAGCGGGGUCUGCAGGAGUGUGUGAUGCCGCUCGUGUGGAAGGCCGCGCGCUCCGGCGUGUGGGGAGAGCAUAUUGCCCUCGUGAGCCAUGGCCUGUGUAUCAGCGAGCUGGUUGCUGGGCUGGUGAAGAAGAACUCGGAGGCGCAGCCAGAGCGGGACUACAAAGGCUUGUUGAACACCGCGUGGACAAGAGUUGUCAUUGGCGUGCAGGGCGCCAGAGAAGGCGAACCACUGAACUUCACCGACGACAACUUGCCGCCUCUCGUUGUUCGUGUCACGCACGUGAACCAACAUGAUCACAUAGACAAGCUUGUUCGCCAGAAGGGUGGCAUUGGAAGCCAAGCUCACGACCCCAAGCAGCAGGAUAUUAGGGCGUUCUUCGGAGGUGGAGGAGCAUCGGAUACCAAGGUCGUGGAGCCCGUAGAAGCUUUGGAAACUACCGAAAGCAACGCUGCUGAGGAGACGCUCCACAAAUCGUGAGUCCGAGGCGGUACUUACCAUUGCGCGGUCACGAUCAUCCAAUUGCGAGUUCUUCAGGAGAAUUUAAGGUCGGAAUGGAUUACCCACCGUAGAAUACCACGAUAGACUUAGAUUUGUGAGCCUCCGUGCCACUUUAUAUCGAAAUCGUGUUCUCGACACACGUAGGAAUCAGACAAAUAGCGUGCCAGUGAAAAAGCUAAUUGGUAUAAUCG